AUGAACACGCAGGACGGUGGAGAGAUGGAGCAGAAGGAAGGGGAGCCCUCCAAGGACGGGACCACUGUCUCCCCAGCCGCAGAGGCCCCGGUGACGCAGGGAGGUGGAGCCUCUGCAGAAAAGGAGGCCAAAGCCACAGAGAAGAAGAUCCUCAAAGAGGGGCCUCCGGAAAGAGCACUGGCCGAGGCCAGCACGUCAGCUGAAUUUCAAGGGGAAGCAAACGGGUGGGAUGAGGUCAAGGUGGAAGCCAAAGGGGAGGCAGAACUUCACAAGGAGGGCGACGGGAAGGAAGAGAUCACGGCGGCUCCUCAGGAGACCGCUGAUGGGAAGGAAGAGACCCAGCUUGACCCCAAGGAGGCCAAGGAAGGGCAGGAGACCACGCCGGCCUCCAGGAAGCAGCAGGCUGACGAGAAGCAGGCCGAGCCUGAAUCUAGGGAGGAAGCCCACGUGAGUGAGGAGGCCAAGGCUGAGCCCAAGCAGGCCACUGGGGAGCGGGAGGCCGAGACUGGGGCCGAGGAGGCUGAUGGGAAGGAGGGGGCCACAGUGGCCUCUCAGGAGGAGAGCGACAAGCCGGAGGGGCCUGCAGCGGAAGCUCAAGGGAAAGCGGAUGCCCCAGAGGCCGGGUCGGACUCGGAGACGAAGGCUGCCGUGGAAGAGGAGGAGGCCGAGGCUGAGCCUCAGGAGGCUGACGUGAAGGAGGCGGAGUCAGGUGGUCCCCAGGAAGAGCAGGACCAGGGUGUGGAGAGAGAGUCGGAGGAAGGAGCAGGAGUGAUUCCCAGCUCCCCCGAGGAGUGGCUCGAGAGCCCCACGGAGGAGGGCAGUGGUCUCAGCCCAGGUGGGUUGGGUCCAGACACCGCAGCAGCUUCAGGAGAGACCAGUCCUUCGGCCAGUGAGUCUUCACCCAGCGAUGCGCCCCAGACUCCCACGGAGCCCCCUCCCUCACAGGAGAAGAAGAAAGAGAAGGCACCGGAGCGCAGGGUGUCGGCCCCUGCCCGGCCCCGGGGGCCCCGCGCACAGAACCGCAAAGCCAUCGUGGACAAGUUCGGAGGGGCAGCCUCAGGCCCCACGGCCCUGUUUCGAAACACGAAGGCAGCAGGGGCAGCCAUUGGCAGUGUCAAGAACAUGCUCUUGGAGUGGUGCCGGGCCAUGACCAGAAACUACGAGCACGUGGACAUCCAGAACUUCUCCUCCAGCUGGAGCAGUGGCAUGGCCUUCUGCGCCCUCAUCCACAAGUUCUUCCCCGAUGCCUUCGACUACACUGCCCUGGAGCCCUCACAGCGCCGACACAACCUCACCCUGGCCUUCUCUACCGCUGAGAAACUGGCCGACUGUGCCCAGCUGCUGGAGGUGGAUGACAUGGUGCGGCUGGCGGUGCCCGACUCCAAGUGCGUCUACACCUACAUCCAGGAGCUGUAUCGCAGCCUGGUGCAGAAGGGACUGGUGAAGACCAAGAAGAAAUGA